UGCUAGUUAGCCUGCCAAUCCUGCAGAUUAGCCCAUUCUAAAACUCAGGCUGAUCCUUCAUCACUUGACAGCUUAGCAGCUAGCAGCUAGCUUGCUAACUGUAGAUGAAUGAGCUGUGGCGUUUCCCUGCCCCUCUUCAGUUACGUCUCGGCCCGGAUGGGCGUGAUUCCUUUAUGACCGUAAGCUAGCUGUUGGCCUAAUGGGGAAGGCGAAAAUAACCCGAGGGUCUAUAACUAGUAGUGGGGUGUCUGUUUGCACCGUUAUUUGGUUGGAGGAGAAACGUUGCUAAUACCUUACUUAUGCCAUGUUUAAAAUUAACCCCCGCGGUUACUUUACUAUUUAUAGUAACAAUAAAGAAAGUGUCCUUUGUUCGGUUUGCGGACUUGUAGCUUUCUGUAUAAGACUUUCCAGAACGGAGCUGGAAUAGCAGUGGAGGGACAUGUGUGACACGCCACGCUGCUAAUAGUGCCGUUAGCCUGGAACAAGUCAAGUAUCCCCCACGUUACAAAAAAGAGAAAGUAAUCUGUAGUGUAUUGAUCUUUCUUGCACCUGUUACUUAUUUUGUACUCACUGUGACUCAGGCCACUAAGAAUUUUAUCUAGAUUUUUUGUAAAAACUGGAUAACCAGUAGUCAUCCAGCUAAACAUUUGCGUCAUCCUGCCCUGUCACUGAUUCCAGCCCAGUUGUCCAUCCAGCACCAUGGGAAAGAAGAGUCGGGUGAAAACUCAGAAGUCGGGCUCAGGAGCCAGUGCUGUGGUUUCCCCCAAGGAGAUGAUGAACCUCAUCUCUGAACUGCUGCAGAAAUGCAGCAGUGCAGCACCCCCUGCGGGUAAAGAGUGGGAGGAGUACAUCCAAAUCAGAGGCCUGGUGGAGAAGAUCCGCAAGAAACAAAAGGGUAUGUCCAUAGUGUUCGAUGGCAACCGGGAGGACUACUUCCCAGAUCUGAUGUCCUGGGCGCAGGAAAAUGGGGCGUCCUGUGACAGCUUCACUGUGGCUGACUUUGGAACAGAGGGCUACGGCCUGCGGGCCACCAGGGAGAUCAAGGCAGAGGAAUUGUUCCUGUGGAUCCCAAGGAAGAUGCUAAUGACAGUGGAAUCAGCUCAGAACUCUGUGCUGGGUCCUCUGUACGGCCAAGACCGGAUCCUGCAGGCCAUGGGCAAUGUGACGCUGGCCCUCCACCUGCUGUGUGAGCGGGCCAACCCAGCUUCAUUCUGGCUGCCAUACAUCCACAGUCUUCCUCAAGAAUAUGACACACCGCUCUACUACCAGCAGGAUGAUGUGCAGCUGCUGCUGGGCACACAGGCAGUGCAGGAUGUCCUAAGCCAGUAUAAGAACACCGCACGCCAAUAUGCCUACUUCUACAAACUAGUACAGACUCAUCCUGCUGCCAGCAAGCUGCCCCUGAAGGACAGCUUCACAUUUGAUGACUACAGGUGGGCAGUGUCCUCUGUGAUGACCCGCCAGAAUCAGAUCCCUACAGAGGACGGCAGCCGGGUCACUCUGGCCCUCAUUCCCCUGUGGGACAUGUGUAACCACACAAAUGGACUGAUCACCACUGGCUACAACUUGGAAGAUGACCGCUGUGAGUGUGUGGCACUGCAAGACUACAAGGAGAACGAACAGAUCUACAUCUUCUAUGGCACAAGAUCCAAUGCUGAGUUUGUCAUCCACAAUGGCUUCUUCUUCCAAGAUAAUGCUCACGACCGAGUUAAGAUCAAGCUGGGCGUCAGUAAGAGCGAACGCCUUUACGCCAUGAAAGCCGAAGUGCUGGCACGAGCUGGCAUCCCAGCGUCCUGUAUCUUUGCUCUGCACUGUAGUGAACCCCCGAUAUCAGCCCAACUCCUCGCCUUCCUAAGAGUCUUCUGCAUGACAGAGGAGGAAUUAAAGGACUACCUUCUCGGAGAUCGUGUCAUCAAUAAGAUCUUCACCCUGGGCAACAGCGAGUUUCCUGUCAGCUGGGAGAAUGAGAUCAAGUUGUGGACUUUCCUUGAGACUCGAGCUGCUCUGCUGCUCAAGACCUACAAGACAAGCUCAGAGGAGGACCACUCCAUGCUGGAAAAACCUGAUUUAUCUCUUCACUCCCGUUUGGCUAUUCAGCUCCGCCUGGCAGAGAAGCAGAUCCUGGAGAAAGCAUCAGCCAGUGGUCGGGCCAAACGUCUGCACUUCCAGAAGAAGCAGGAGGAAGGUGCUUUGUUGCCGCGUUAUGAAGAAAGCGAUAUUGCUUUGCUUGAAAAUACUGAUUCGGAUGCAAAGCUUCCCAUUAUCUUGCGCAAGCUGGAGGAGGUGGAGGAAGGCCAGGAGAUCCAGAUGGAGGAGCACAGUCACCUCCUCAAUGGGGAGAAGGCGAUGUAUGGGACGAGUAUGGAGGCUAAUGGAGAGAAAGUGCAGGAGGAGACUGAGAAGGUCAGCAAAGAUGUUGAUUCAGCUUUGGCCUCGAUUGGAAUUUCAAACCAGCAGGGCCAAAGGGAAGUGGGUAACCUAAGUGCCAGUCGAACUGAAGAUAAUCCCAAAGAGAACAGUGAAUAAAUAUAUUCCACUUACUGCCACAGCCCAUGCUAUUUAUUUAUUUUUGUGUCUCUUAAUGGACUCAGAAAUAUAGAAGCUGAAAAAAAAUUUAAUUGAAAGUCAGAACUUUUUUCGACUUGUAUGUUCAUCCAGCGUGGCUUUUUUUUAGUUGUCCGCUGCUGAACUGUCUCUUGGCCUUCUGUGCAGAAGAGGUUUUGGUUAAAAUUAGCUUUUUGUUAAGUUUGACAUGUAGGUUUACAUUGAAACUGUUUGAGGCCUACAGCAUGGGAGGAAAGAAAGAGGGACACCACAGAAAGGGUUCCAGCAUAUAGUUAGAUGAAGAAAAGAAAGACAUCUGAAGUGGGUUAGGUUAGGUUUCCACAAAGCCAAAAUCUCACUGAUUUUGUGAAUUAGUUGGUUUAUUACUGCAGUUUGUCUCCAUAUGUGUCCGGUAUGUUUUGAGUUGACAAUCGUAUUCUCUGGUGCGUUGUGGGAGUGUGCUGCUGAGUAAAGACCAUCACUGCCCUCUAAUAAACCAUUUUAAGGUUAAAACAAGUACUGAAGGACACGAAUUCCUUUUCGUCUAUGAGACUGAUACCUGUUUUCAAUCGAUGUCAGCUAUUAUCACUUAAUAUGACAGGCUUAAAUCUAAGAUGGUUUUUCUUUCUCAAUGAAAAACAGUUGUGUUUUAGCUAUCUUUAUGAAUGUACUGUGUAGUUUAAACUGCAGUGAUUAUCCAUGGAAGUCACUAACGGGAGUGAUCACUGUUGUUGCCCCCGACAAAGCCAUAUACACCACUGAGGACUCAGUGAGAGACAGAAACGUGUGUGUUACGGGAGUUUUCUUGUUGGAAGCUUUCUGUUCGACUGCCUUAAAACGAGGCAGUUGCAUCAUGACACUUUGUAUGAUAAACAAGACGGCGCUACCCUUGGUUUAAUACUCUCUGGUUAGUGUUAACUGGAGGGGUGACCCUGAUAACUCUCUGAUACUGACUGAAACCUGACAGCCACUGCAUCCUGGAGGAAAUAAGGUGGAAUUUUGGCCACAUAUGUUAUUAGUUCCAACAUUCUACCAGAUCAUAGAAACUGCAGAGUAGACAUCAGGAUGUGACACAGAGUGCACGUUAUGGUGGUGAUUGCCAGCGAGUUCUUGAACUUAGAAAUAAUAGCAUUUUACAUAACUUUGUGCUGAGACUUCAAAACAGGUUUAAAUAAGUUCAGUUUAGAUAAGUCUGAAUAAGCUGGUGUUGGCAUGGUGGAUGAUAUGUAACAUGAAAUAGCAGUACCAAAGAUAUUAGAAGUCUUCUGGAAACAUCUCAGUUACAUAGGCUGAACACCACAGAGCUCUGACAGGUCUUUUAUUCAUAACAUGUCCUCCUCAAUGCAUCUCAUAGUUACAAUUCAAAUUUAAAGGAUAUCAAAAAUGUUUAUGUAAAAAUACAAACAUCAGCCAGCGGGUAAGAAAAAUCUGUCAGUACUGUUCUGGAAAUCAGGCUUCGGUUUGACUCUAGUCCAAUGUAGCUCUGUUUAUCCCCGUCACAUUAAAUAUGUUUCUGCACACAACAUGUAAAGUCGGUUACGAUAGAAUGCGCAGUAGAUCAUGUACAUCACGACAGUCUUGAGUUUCCAAUGACUCCUGCAACUCUUAAUUUUCUAUGACGACUUACUCAUUGUAGUGCAUCAGAUUGACUGAGAUGAGUCAGCACCUGUGGUCAAUCAUAAUCACUCAAGAGGAGUUAAGAGGCCAUAGCACUGAGACGAUUUGAUGAACACAAUUUUCUACACCAACAAAACUGAUAAUUCAAGCUGCUGUAUGGAUAUUUUUGACCCAUCAGAUUUGAUCAUAUUUCCAGAAUAAAAUGCAAGAUUGUUCAGUUGUGACAAAGACGCACAGGUUUCACUAAAUCCAUCAUAGAAAAUUAGGGAGUCACUGGAAAGUCAAACUGCCAUCAAGAGUAUGUUAACUUUAAGUUAUGACUGUAUGUUUGGAUCAGGCUCAACAAACUCUUUCCCCUUAUGGUUCAUCAGACCUUCCCUGCCAGUGACAAAAUGUUACCACUGUAAGAAAUAAUAGCUAAAACUCAUCAGUCCAUACUGAGGCAGGGAUUCACCAUGUUUUUUAUAUGCUUUGCAUCUGUUUAUUUUCUGUUUUGUUCUAUUAAAAUCACACAUCUCCUGCUGAUUCUGGUUUCACUUUGCCCCAUCUUAUGUAGUGAGUUGAGGAAAUCGAUAAGAAUAAGGAAUCCAUACAUUAAAACCCUUCUGCUUCUUCACUGAGUUGACAUGAAAACAUUUUUGAUCAUAGACAGUGUCGUACAGUUGGACAUAGCUGUUGGAUCUAAAAGGUGAGGCAUGCGUUCCUGCAUGAUCUGUUAUCUCAGUAAACAUUUUCCUAAUGAGCUUACGAUUCAAAUCGCUGGUUUCAAGACUUGUUUGAUACAGAAUGGUGGUCAUAUUGUAAAUUAUGGUUCUGUUUAGAGGAAGAUGGACAAUAAAGCUUGGUACGUUUUAGUGAUACAGGAUGCUACCAUAUCACCAUGAGUAGUGUCCUUAUAUUGGCAACAACCAACUUUCAGGCUUCAUUACAGUUGUUUAAAAACCAGUUGGUGAUGCCACAUUUGCUGUGUCCAUCUUUUGUAUACAGUCUAUGGUUUAUAUCCAGUAAAUCCAGCCGGGAGAAGCCUGUUGUCCUUGUGUACUGAUCGCUUGUGCACCAGUUAUCUUGCUUUUAAUGUAGAUUUCAAUAAUCCAGUUUAAAAUAAAGUUAAGGGAAUGAGGUGUGCGUGUCACCGAUGCUCACCAAUUGAAAUUUUUGUAAAAGUGGUUCCAGUUCUGAACCUUUUAAAUAGAUAAAUACAGAGAUAUAGUUGUAUCCUCUAAUCAGACAUGAGCUGUAAUUGCACUGACUCUGUUUGCAUAUGUUGUGCUAGAUUGUUCUCUUGCUUUCAAAAAUCCAUUCUUUACAAUUGACGUUGCUGCAGCCUAUUUGCAUUUUCACAUCUGGCAAAUAUAAACCUGUGAACGAAGCUUGUUUGCAAAUAUGAUAGACAGCUUCUCACUGUAAACAAUCUGUUCCGUUUAUCAGCUGAAAUAGUCAUUGUAUGUGCUUUAUUGACUGAAAGGGAACGAGUAAACCUGGUAGAUUUAGCAGAACCCAUUUGCAUACAGUGUAUCUUUUAUUGUGAGAAGAUUUGAAGUCAUUAAUGAAUAUCUCAAAAUUACAAUUAGUCAGACUGAUUGGUGAUGCAACGGCUAAGCGGUAGGGUGUCAUUGUUGUCUAAAAUGGACAAAAGAAAUGUAAUUUUGAAACCUCUAUUUAGAUGUUAUCAUUCAGAUUUGUUGUCCUCCUAUGGCGAUCAGUUUUGUGGCCAAUUUAUGAUCAAUUAAACAUGUACAUACAAUUUUAGAAUAAUUUUCUAUUAAACAUUCAGUGAAUCAACUAAUCAGCUCAGCAGCAGUUUGUUUUUUUUGGGACAGUUGUGUGCUGGAACUAGCCUGGGUUUGGAGUGGGUAAUCACUUCUGCUCUCAACAUGACACUCACAUUGAUUCUUACAUCUAAUUCACAAUAGAAAAGUAACUGAGCAUAUUUUCCAAAAUGUUGAACUAUUCCACUAAAGUUAGCUUGACAUGUUGCAGUUCUAACUAGUUCUAGGGUCGCUUGACAACUUAAACUACCAUCUUUCAACUGUCCAGGUCUCUUAUACUUGGCUAUUUGUGUUCAGGCAGACCUCGUUAGCUAAGAUGUCUAAUUAAUAAGAACGCUUUCCUUUGGGCAUACCUAACCAACAGAAAUAAAUAUGUGCUGUGACUGUCAGUGAGCCUUGUUUUUGGCUCGGCCAUUUACAAAUACACCAUUUCAAAUGUGAGUUGGGGUCACUCCUUGUUAACCCGCAGAGUUCUAUAGAUUUCUAUGUUGUUUGUUACUGGAGACUUGCUGGUGGUGCGAUGGGAAGGUGGUGAAUUAAUACUGCCAUCACAUUCCUCUUUCAGUGGUGCGCGUUAAUACGACCCAAAGUCGGACGUGUCCACCCGAGGUCAGACGCUGCUGAGCACUUUGUACCACACCAUGUUCUUGUUCUGAAUCCUGUUUGAUGUGUCACUUGUCUUCUGUGGCUCGAGCACUUUUCCAUCACAAAUCUGUAUUUUUAUGCAAUUGUUUACCUUUACCAACCUUAUUGGUAACAUUCGAUCUGUUUGCUGCUUUUCUAACGACCUCUGUAUCGCAGGUGUGUAUGUGUGUGUGUGUGUGUGCAUGUGUGUGUGUGUGUGUGUAGGUGUGUGUGUGUGUGUGUGUGUGUGUGUAAGGCGAGAGAGCUCAUAGCUUUAACCAGACUCAACAAGUCCUGGAUGGAAACGUUUUUCUCCAGCUGAACAAGACUGCGCACCAUCUCACUCUAUGCAGCAGAAAGGAAACUUGUCCUGAUGCUGUCAGCAUCCACAAACCAGAGAUUAAACUUCAUCCAUUUCUCA